CAGGCCAGCCCACCCAGCUUGACACAACAACACAAACGCCAUCUUUAGCUGACAAGCAAACUACCGAAGCAGCAGAGUUGUGAAGAGAAACUAGGUCAGGCGCUCGGAACACGAAAGGACUUUUGAAAAACCUCCUCGAAUAAGCUUGUAAUCAGUGUCUGCUAACCUCCCGACACCCCGUGCUGUCCUAUGGUCCAAUGUGUUUGAUCGGUAGGCCAGCUCGAACGCAGUUUUCUUGUGUCGGUCCCGGUUGAUGUUGAGUAAGCGUUUUUUCUGACAAACAUCCGACGAAGGCGAACGCCAGGAUGAAACGAGUUCUCCAAGGGAAUGAGCAGGAGGAAGGAGGUGGCACCAGCGGUGGGUCUCAGAAGACUCUUAAACGGCCCUGCAAGCAGAGGAGGGAGAAAGAUUUGGAGGAGGAGGGUGCCCGCUGGGAAUGUCUGCCUCAGGAGAUCCUGCUCCACAUCUUCCAGUACUUGCCUCUACUGGACAGGGCUUAUGCCUCUCAGGUGUGUCGAGGUUGGAACCAGGCUUUUCACAUGCCAGAGCUGUGGCGGUGUUUUGAGUUUGAGUUAAACCAGCCAGCCAGCUCGUACCUGAAGGCCACACACCCAGACCUCAUCAAACAGAUAAUCAAAAGGCACUCCAACCACCUGCAAUAUGUCAGCUUCAAGGUGGACAGCAGCAGAGAGUCUGCGGAGGCAGCGUGCGACAUCCUCUCUCAGCUCGUGAAUUGUUCUUUGAAAACAUUGGGGCUCAUCUCCACAGCUCGGCCCAGUUUCAUGGAGCUGCCCAAAUCUCACUUCAUCUCAGCACUGACAGUGGUUUUUGUCAACUCCAAAUCCUUGUCCUCACUGAAGAUUGAUGAUACACCGGUUGACGACCCCUCCCUCAAAGUCCUGGUGGCUAAUAACAGCGACACACUCAAACUGCUGAAAAUGAGCAGCUGCCCUCACGUUUCACCUGCAGGCAUCCUGUGUGUGGCCGAUCAAUGCCAUGGCCUCAGAGAACUGGCUCUCAACUACCAUUUGUUGAGUGAUGAACUUCUCAUCGCCCUGUCCUCAGAGAAGCACGUUCACCUCGAGCACCUUCGCAUUGACGUGGUUAGUGAGAAUCCUGGCCAACAUUUCCACACCAUCAAGAAGAGCAGCUGGGACGCCAUGGUGCGUCACUCUCCUAAAUUUAAUCUGGUCAUGUACUUCUUUCUCUAUGAGGAUGAGUUUGGCCCUUUCUUCCGUGACGAAAUCCCCGUUACGCAUUUAUACUUCGGCCGCUCUGUCAGUAAAGACGUCCUGGGGCGCGUUGGGCUCACCUGCCCGCGUCUGGUCGAGCUGGUGGUGUGCGCCAACGGGCUGCGGCCGCUGGAUGAAGAGCUGAUCCGCAUUGCCCAACGCUGCACGCAGCUGUCGGCCAUCGGCUUGGGAGAGUGUGAAGUGUCCUGCAGCGCCUUCGUGGAGUUUGUCAAGAUGUGUGGAGACAGACUGACACAGCUAUCCAUCAUGGAGGAAGUGCUGGUCCCAGAUCACCGCUAUGGGCUGGAUGAUAUCCACUGGGAAGUGUCAAAGCAUUUGGGUCGUGUUUGGUUCCCAGACAUGAUGCCUACCUGGUAGAGCUCUGGGAGAAGGUGUCAGUUUCUAUGAGUUUUAUAUAUAUGUGUGCGUGCGUGCGUGCGUGCGUGCCCUCAUCUUUCUCCUGCUUUUCAGAAAAGUCCUUUCACAAGCACCAUAUGUACGUCUCUUUGAGUUUUGAUAUGAUAAAACAUAUGUUUAUUGAUUUCAACUCUACCAUAUUGUUCUAUGUAUAAAAUUUUUAUAUUUAAAUGAAUAUUUAAGUCUAAAUAGUUUUUUCUUGUUGUCACAUUUAGCACCUUGUUCUCUGAGCCAUAUGUCUUGGGCAGUGAAACCCUGCAGAUCGGUUAUUUGUAGUUUAUUCAGGGGUGAUGCUUUACCAUGGGAAUUAAUAGGAAUGAUUGGGAAAGUUUGGGAGUUAUUUCAUCUACACAGGUUGUAAUUAGCGCAUUGUCUGCAGACAGAUUCAUAAACAUGUUUACCAUAUGACAAGUGGGCAUAAGUACAAAUCGUUCUAACUGAGACACUUUAUAGUAACGUAUAGAAUAAAUUCAACAGAUUGUCAUCAUCACACUGCAGAAUGGCUUUUAGGUCAGGCAUUGUGGUAGUCUUCACGUGUGAUGGAAAGAUGCACAUUAGAUGGGGAUGGUCACCGUUAUAAGCUAAUAUGUUUUGUUGAUAUUCAGUUAAAAUCUCCACAACCCAAGUAACAACACGCUGUGACUGUGUAAGAAUAAGAAACAUUUUAUUUUAAAGGGACAGUCACCAGUUUUGUGGAGGUUGUUAUGGAGGUGGUCGAGCAUGUAACUACGGUCAUGUAGGCAAUAGCACAUAAAGGUUCCACAUUGAAUCCAUAUAUUUUUGUUUGGUUUUGGUUUCCAUGUGUUGUUGUCUAUCGCCAUGUCUCUAUUUAAUGUCUUUGAAUGUGUUUCUGAGUCACUGCAUCUCAUUUAGAAUAACAGAACUGUCUCUUUCUCCGUCCUCUGAUUUGACAUGGAGAGGGCUAAAGACAGUUCCAUCUCUCUUUUUCUAAGGACAGCUAUUUGUGAAGGUGGUGCUCUUAAGUGACUUUGGCCAUAAUCAUGUUAGUCUGUAUAUGCUGUAGAUAUAUAUCUUUAUAUAUAUAUAUAUAUAUAUAAGAGAGUGAUGUUUGAACAUAUUUUGUGUGUAAUGUACAAUAACUAUAUUUCUGCAUUGCCUGAAACAUGUUCCUAUUUUAAUGUAAUUGUAGAUAUCAAAGUGUUAAAUUACAAAACAAAUGGGAGGGAGGAUUUUUAAUUGUCGACUUCAUAUACCUUUACAUUUAAGGAAUCCUACUGAUGCACUUUUACUCCAAUGAAGGAUGCAAGAUGAGCUACAAUUUCAUUAGGGCAAGAAAUUAAAAGAUUUUGCAGCCAAAUGGUGGUAAAUUGUGGCAGUGGUCAGUAAAUCUGCCAAUGAGUCACCCUUGGUAGUUAACUAGCUUUUUUGGAGUUAUUUUAUAUUCUUACAAGCAAAAUAAGUUCUAACAAAUUAAAGUGGCAGGCAGAAUUGUUUAAUUAUUGACAUUUGACACACAAAAAUCAUUCUGGAAAGCUUCUGGGAAAGGGACAAACCAAAACUGCUUGACAGCACAAUCAUUCACCAUGCUAAUAGUCUGCACAGUCUGUAGUCUACCGAAGAAAGAUAUAUUCUGGCUUUGCAUUUUAGAGAUUAAAUGUACUUAAAGUUGCAGACAGAAGCUUCCUCAAAUUGAUUGACAAGUCUUUCAUUACAUGGACAAAAUCUGAUUUAUUAAUAUUUACAGAUGCUGUUAAAAGUUCAACAUUAGCAAUGUCUGUAAACACAGCAUAGAAGAGGCCUCUAUUUUCAAUUAACCUUUAAAUUACGAUCAGUUGACAAACAGACAAAAUACAAAAACUGUUUGUUUUUUUUAAAGUAAGGAUGGAGGGUUUAAAUGUUAGCACAGGGCUGCACAAUCAUGACCAAUGCUGUUCAUUUUGCAGUAAAGUUCUCCUGCUAUCACACAGAAACAGUUGGUUGACCUAAAAUAAGAAAAACUUAAAUUGAUGAUGGUAUAUCAUCAACCAUAAUAUGGUUAUAUUUUGUCCUGUAUCAUAUUUAGCUGUUGCAUAAAAACAUCAGCAGCAUGUGGCAGCUGUUCUCAUGUAACUGAUACAAAUGUGAAAAUUAUGAUUUUAAGGAGGUAAUUGUGCAGCCCUGAAGGCCAGUCAAUGUGGCAGCUGAAUGUUGAUGUAAACGAAUGUUUUUAAGAAUGUGUAAGAAUGAAAUAUUUAUGUCUUGCUAUUGUUUUGUUGCAACGGAGUGAGAGAGUAAUAGUUGGAACAUGUCUUAAGAUGGACUUAUUAAGGAUGUUGCCUGUGGAUUUGCUGAAAGAUGUCAACCCUUGCACCGCGCAAUGAAAGAGUCCUGUAAAUCAUUGUGUUCAGUUGAAAUCUGUAAUUGUUUAACACGGUUGAUAUGUUUUCUGUAUUUUGUUUGGGAAUGUUAAUUUGAAAAGAAGAAGAAAAACUUUAAUAUUUCUUCAGUUGUUUUCCCUUUAAUAGGGGUUCAUGAUCAUGUCUUAAUUUUCUGUUUUCUGUUUCUGAAGGUCAACAAGGCUUGGCGAUGGACUUUAUCCUUUACUGACUAACAGUACAUUUUAUUGUGUAUUUAUAAACACAUGCCAUCUGCUGGUUAAUAUUAACUGCAUUUGUAUUCAGUGCUUAUAGAUGAUUAUUGUAAUACUCAACUAUAGGCCAAGUAAGGGCUGCAGUUUUUUUUAUAGUGUACCGUGACAGUGUGUUGUUUUUAUUUUAGUUAAACAAGGCUGCAUUGUACUGAGAUUAUUGGAAGGUAACCUCUUGUACUUUCCCCAAAGAUAUGUAAUAUUUAAGUAAAGUUCAUAGCCACAUUAAAAAUGCCUGUUUGAA